CAGCGACAGAUCUCUCUGGUGAGCGGCGUAGCAAUCAAUGUGGGAACUAUCAUUGGUUCAGGGAUCUUCGUGUCCCCAAAAGGUGUUCUGUUGGGAGUAAGCUCAGUUGGAAUGACCUUGGUGGUAUGGGUCCUAGCUGGCAUCAUCUCUCUCCUGGGAGCUCUUUGCUUUGCCGAGCUGGGCACCAUGCUGCCUUCCUCGGGCGGCUUUUAUUUCUACCUGCGGGCCAUCUACGGCGAGUUUGUGGCCUUCUUGUAUCUCUGGGUCUCACUGGUCAUGCAGGCGCCGGCCUCCUGUGCGGUGGUGGCCAUCACCUUUGGUCGCUACGCCGUCCAGCCAUUCUUUCCUUCUGCCGACUGUGGACCGCCCAUGGCUGCCAUUCAGCUCCUGGCUGUGAACUCUAUACUGCUGUGCGGUUUCGUCAACAUCUUCAGUGUUCGCCUAACAACCACUGUGCAGAAUGUCUUCACUGUAUUCAAGAUGUUGGCAUUGACCAUCAUCAUUGUUAUGGGUUGUGUCCAAUUCUUCAAAGGGGAAACGGGCAGUUUUGAAAACUCUUUUAAAGGGACAACAUAUGCUGGUCUUGGUAACGCCCUGUAUUCGGGGUUGUUCUCAUAUGCUGGCUGGUACAACUUGAACUACAUUGUUGAGGAACUUAAAAAUCCUUACAAGAAUCUACCCCGUGCCAUCUACAUCACCAUGUCCAUUGUGACAGUCUUCUAUGUAUUUGCCAAUGUUGCGUACUUCACUGCCAUGUCACCCCAGGAACUGCUGGCCUCUGAGGCCGUUGCCGUGACAUUUGGUCUCAAGUUGCUUGGGGUCGUUGCAUGGUGUAUGCCGAUUUUCGUCGCCAUGUCCACAUUUGGUUCAAACAAUGGCAGUGUACUUGCCAUAUCGAGAACGUUCUUUGUCGGAGCUAGAGACAGACAACUACCAACUUUCCUUGCAAUGAUUGACAUUAAGAGGAAGACGCCAAUGCCAGCUCUACUUCUUGUGACUUUCCUGGCGUGUGUAUACGUGUUUGUGAAGGACAUCUACACCUUGAUUAACUAUUUCAACUUUGCGCUGUGGACGUCAAGUGGUGCCCUCUCAGCCGGGCUGGUCUAUCUCCGUUGGAAGUACCCACAAAGAAAAAGACCUUACAGGGUGAAUAUUUGCCUUGCCAUCUUCUUCACCUUUGCCUCCAUCGCUCUGGUGGUCCUGGGCACCAUCUCGGCCCCCAUGGACACUCUGAUUGGUGUGGCUAUCACACUCACCGGCAUACCGUUCUACUUCAUCUUGGUCCGACCGGCCAAGAUACCGACUCUCCUCCACAAACUAGACGUUGUUGUUACACACUGGUGCCAGAAAUUGUUCUUGGUCACCAAUGAAGAGAAGACUGGAACGACCAAUGGAGACACCUGAAAGAUGGCCAAAGAGGAAAAGGAGAUGUGAUUGGAUGGGACUAAAGUGCAAUUUAUCAGUCAAGAACUCAGUUAACCUUGAGGAAUACCGGAUCAACCAAUCCACAAAACCAUGUUAGGUUGAAUCGUGUGUCAUUAUAACUGUCAGCAUUUAGCCUUGGAACUUUAUGGAGCAGUUUAACUGUCUUUCUACUAAUAUCACACAAGCGCACGUGGAACACAGAAUAAUGCAGCGUGUCUGUGUCCCAUACACCACAAGGCCAAAGGCUUGACGCACAAUAAAGAAGUUAUAAGGUUCUAUGUACCCAAAGUGCCACCUUUGAAUUUACAGUAAAUUUUGCAGUUGUGCAUUUGCUUUUAGCAUAAAAAUAGCACAUUGCGUGGAGUUAGAACAGUGCAUUAUGCAAUUAUGGUUAUGUAUCACACUGUUUGUUGCCAUGGAUUGACCGAUCAGAAUCGAGAAUUCAAGUUUGCCAGAAGAUAAAUGAACAUGCUGGUGGGAACAGUGUAACGUUUGCUUUCAUUUUCAGAUGAAAACUUUGAGAGUUAUGUUUCUGGUUUUACCUAACCAUAUAGUUGAACAGGUGAAAAAUAGCAGCCUAGCACCAUGCAUGUGACUUAUUUUACCAGCUUGUAUUACCAGAGCACCUGUCUGUCAAAUCUGCCUAGAGCAUUUUAAAUUCUGAUUAGCACAGAAUUUGCAGGCUCCUAUCAACACUCUGAAGAUCUUCAGUGGUUAAUCCUGUGGUGUAAAUCAUCACAAGUUGGGCUUGACAGUUUUACUAUCUUUUGGACUUUCUUGCCUACUUAUGUUUUUUUUCUGUUGUUUAUAACAUUUGUGAAAAUAAUUUGUAUUAUUUGAUAGCUGCAUAAAUCUCUGUCAUCUGAUUGGUGGAUCAUAGAUCACAUGUCAUUAAAUUUUUUGUUCUAUUCAGUAAUA